GGAAGCGCAUUGCAUUCACAAAAAACUUGGAGACCUCAUCUCGUAAUCCUGAUUUAAACUAUAAUGAAUGUCAAAUAAUUUGUGUUUAUGGCUUAAUUCAUUAUUGGAAGCAGGAGUCAUACUUACGACACAUGGUCACAUAACUUGUGCUUUGGUUAAUUUAUCCUUUAUUCAGCUUUGUCAUAGAUUUUCGACGUACAGUUGUACAGUUGACGUACAGAAGAAAAUAAUUUCGACAACUCCCACGGUACCCGAAAGCAGCACCAGAUCAAUAUGAAUUGCGACCUCUACCUGUGAAAGUGCAUUAGCACACUUCAAGUCUCGGAAAACAUGAAACAUCGGAAAAAAUUUAAGUUCGUGGUACGUUUAGAAAAGUUUCCUGAAUUACCUCAGGCAGCAGAUGUCCCAGUAACGAAUCCGAAACCGAAAAUGUCAGCUGGGGCCAGCUCUCGUGCCCACAUCGGAUAAGCUCCAUCUCUUUACUGCAGUUGUCAUCAUCAGCACCAGAGCAACCACUGCUGGCACUCUCAUAAAAGAAACUCCACUAGACGGCUGACUGUGUGUGAUAACAACAGGUUGUUACUAAGCAGUCCUCGCCUUCACAAGACAAAAAAGAAAAAAAAAGGUUUCCUGCGAAUAAACUUAACAGAGUUUAGAGUAUUUCUCAGCUUCUCCUUAUGCUGACCAGCUACGAUAAUGGAGCUGUCUUGUGAGUCUGUGAGAUACCCAAAGGACAGAAGACCGGCCAGUUGCAAGUUUGUGGAGCUCCAUGUGCUGUAUGUACCAGAUGACCAGUGGAAUGUGAAGCUCAAUAAAGUCCCUGCUGAAGCCAUAGAGAGCUUCAUAUCUGCAGGCUUCAUCAGGGUUUAUCCUGAUACAACUCUGAAAACUCUGCGGAGCGAGCUGGGCACUCUUCUUGGUGCAGAUAGGAACAUCAACAAAUUCUCCUUCCUGAAGUGUGUGGGCCGCAGUCUGGCACUGGUUAAAAUUAAACAGGAGAGAGAUCUGAAAGUGAAAACAUUUGCUCCACCGUAUGCCCCGCAGCCGGAGCUUUACCUGCUGUCCACUGCGGAGAGUGACAGCAGUGUUUGCUCCCAGUCUCUCAGCCCAGACACCAGCAGCAGCUCCCCAGACCACCCGACCUAUUACCACCCUCCCAAGACAUGCAGCCUGCCAACGGUGACAAAGGAGCCUGUUAAAUUCCCCCUUAUCCCCCAGUGUUCCCAUCAGCCACCUCCCACCCCCAGCCUAGAAGAAGAAGAGGAAGAGGAAGAGGAAGAGGAGGAGGAGGAGGAGGAGGAGGAAGAAGAAGAUGAGCAGCAGAGCUACAGUUCUUCAGAGGGAGAUGGAGAAAAUGAAGAGGAAGCUCUCUCCUCCAACAAGCCUGAGUGGGCAGAGCAGGAGCGUUGUCCAAGGAAGAUUCAGAAUCACAAGGCACCAGAACCUGUUUCACUGAAUAAAGUUUUACACCAACGUGAAGCUGAUUCAGCUCAGGUGAAGGAGCUGCCAGAAAAAGAGAAAACCUGCAGAAAGAAGAAACAAUACCACAGAGAAAACAAAGCGGCUAGAGAUUCAGGAGUAGCAGAGUCCCUGGAGGACAGAGAUUCAGGCUUCUCCGUCACAGGCAGGUACUGUGAGCAAAGGCAUCACUCUGUACUAUAUUCGUACCCUGCGGUGAGUACUAGUGCUACUACUGCUUGUUCUUCUAACAGUGUGUCUCUUUGCAGGCUGGGGAAACCAAAAGAUGCACAUAGACUGAAGUCCGUCAGGAGUAAACCAACGAGUGGGGUGACAGAAAGUCCAGCUGUGCUGUCUUGGCCUGUUCGUUGUACCUCUCCUCCUCAAGGUCUAAACUUGGCCUUGGUCACACAUAAAACUGCUGCUUCUCCAGUCUUUCAGACAACCAGAGAGGAACUGAUUGAAGAAAUCAAGCUGGUGAGGGAGGAGAGAAAGCAGCUGGAGUGGACUAGACAAGAGUUGCUACGAAAGGGGAAAGAUUUAUUGGCCCUAAACAGACACCGAAGGAACCAAGCACGUGACAGCUGGAAGAAGAAAUAUUUUGAAACCAAGAAGGCCACAGCUCCACUGGAGGACAACCUGAGAAAUUUACGACAAGAGAUGGAGACGUUUUACAACAAACUCUUGCACCAGCUCCAGGCCAGAGAUAACAGAGGGAAGCCAAGACGACAAGGCAGAUCUUCCGUCAAGAAUGAGCUCAUCAUUCAGAUCAUGACAGAGAUCCAUGAGAUUGACAACCUGAAGAGGAAGGUAGAACACGCCAAGAUGAAGCUGGUAACAGAGAUAAAGCUGAGGAAACAGGCUGCCACAGAGCUGAGGGCACUGAAGGCUGAACUGGCCCAGAAGAAAAGCCAGUCGUCUCAUCCUGUGCCCAUGGCUUCUCUAGGCUUUGGAAAUACCACAAGGGACAGACCACAAGUUCAAAACACCUCCAUCUAAUUUUUUACAGGACUAACUCUGCUGGAACAGAUGGGUUUCGUUAUGUAGCAUAUGUUUCAGGAGAGGGAUAGAAAACAUUGAUUUUAUGCAGUUGUACUUUCUACAUGGGUUCUGACUUUGUAACCUGCGUUUUAUAUUUUUCGAAAUUACUUUUUCCUCAUUUUAAUAUUACGUCAUAUUUCGUUUGGUAUGAUUUGUUCACAACUUUGAUAUUUUUGGCGUUCCUUCUCUUUUUCCUCAGGUGCUGUAGCUGAGCUUGUUGCUAAAGGAAGCUAAAAAUAAAAUGUUUAAGUGGUUAUGUAACUUCAACAGUUUACAUGUUGCUCAGAAAAUGUUUUAUUUAUGAAAAAUAUAUAGGUGCACAAAUCUCAAGCUCAACAUUGGUCAGUCAAAAUACUGUAUGUGUAUGUGUGUGUGUGUGUGUGUAAAACACAUUGAAAAGAUUGGUUUUCUUUUUCAGAGAAUCACAGUUAUUUCAGUUAGCACAGAGGAAUGUCUGAGAUGUAACUACAUUCAAAAGACAACAGCAAUAAAAGCCACAAUAAACUCUGAAGUGCAAGUAUGCAUCCCUGAACUCA